AUGUCGAGUGCACCAAGUACACCUACAAUGGCUGUUUCGAAUGACUUCAACGUGCCAAUGUUUUCACAAACCUCAGCAAUCAUCGAAGAAGCACGAGCCGACAUUGAGCGUAUGAAACGAUCUGUUGCUAAAGGUACUCACAUUCAAACUGACUCAAACAUUUUUAGUUAG